CUCAGCCAGCAGUGGACACACUAAACCAGCAAACAAUUCACAUUCAAAUUAAACUCAACAAACUCACAAAUAUCAGGAUUAACAUGAAGUUCUCCAUCUCCUUCGCCGUGAUCUUCCUAAUCUUCAGCAUGAGCCUGCUCGAGGCCGCACCCAUAAACGAUACAGGAUUCGUUUCGGCCACAGAUAUUACGGGAGAGCCAGUGCGUCAAAAGCGUGCCAGUGCGGAUUACUACCAGGGCGACUACUUCAUCUGCUACCCAAAGAGCGAAGUGUACGGCAAGUCCAGGAAUGGGCUUAACUACAACCGUCGUUCCUACGACUCGGAGGCCUACGGGCCACACUAUCUGGCCGAUGACUCCUUCGAGGCUCGCAAGGAUCGCGCCGAUGCAAGACGCGCCGCCUACACUGACAGCUAUGGCAAAUAAGUGCCAGUUUAUUGGAGGCAAUAUUGCAAAAAACAGUUAGGAAAACGCACAGGGGUAGCCUAAG